GUUUUUGCUGCAUGUCGACCUCAAGUCGCUCCUCGCCUAUGGCUACCGCUCAAAUCGAUACGCUGAAGUUAAUAUCCAAGGAGUAUCAUGAUUUCAAUGGUUCUCACUAUGACAUUUUACACCGCUCUUCCACACCCCUCGGGUUCUCCCGACUUGUCCAUAUCUCCAGACCUGUUUUGUUCAAAAGUUGUGUAGUUCCAGACGCAACGUCCCGCUGGACAAAUGAGUAUCUCGUCAACAGUAUGGGAGAGCGGAGCAUCUCUAUUGCCGUUACGCCCAAUGGGCGAGCGGACGCAAUAACUUGUGGCAAGGACGGCCGACUAUACUUCGCCGAGCCACAUGUGGAGAGCAUGACGAUGCGUACAUUCUUGGACAAGUUAUCUGCAGAACCGAAAUUUUGCAAGACAUCUGCAGGAGACAGCGAGGUCUAUUAUCUCCAGUCGCAGAACGGUAACCUGUUUGCCGCUCGUUAUUUCGACCUCAGUGGCGAGCCGGAUCCGUCAGUGUUUGAGCCUCUCCGUAGAGAUGUGCCAUCCGAGAUAUCAUGGUGCACCGAAGCACUCGGCCGUUCGCCAGAAGCGGUCAACUUAUGGAUAGGCAAUAGUAGAAGUGUCACGAGCAUGCACAGUGACCCCUAUGAGAACAUUUAUUCGGUUGUUCGCGGGGCGAAGCACUUCACUCUCCUUCCUCCCACCGAAGCCUGGUGUGUGAAGGAGCGCACCUACCCUCAUGCAAGAUUUCAGCGCUCGCAGGCUACGUCUCAGUUGGAGCUGGUUCCGUCUCCACCAAGAGCACCGUCGAUCCGUUGGUCUUCUGUGCAAGACCCAACAAGCCCUGGCGCGCUCCCACCUGAAGCACAUCCCAUCCACAUCACUGUGCGCGCAGGAGAAACACUAUACCUUCCCGCUGGCUGGUGGCAUUACGUGCGCCAGUCGGAGUUGACAAUUGCCAUCAACUACUGGUAUGACAUGGAGAGCCGUGGAAUGUCAUGGGUGUGGCAUAAUUUCCUCAGGGGCUCGGGAGAUCCUCCUUCUGGUAAUCAGGAUGACAGAUAGCAGAGGCACAGGUGCCCUUCUCGCUCCUUCUCGUUCGUGUGUUCGCGUGCCGGCAGAGGUAUGCACGCGCGCUUUUUUGUCAGCUUCUUUAUUCGUCUUGAUGUUUUUGCGACUGGCUCGUAUCCAAUGACAAUGAACGUGCGUACACC